AGCCUGUGCCUCAAGAGACCCGCCGCGCCCGCGUCGGUUUUGGACCUCCCUCCAAGCGUCAGCGACAUGGCUCAUCCUGUGACAGAGCUGUCCGCUGUUUAGUCUCGAGGCUCGGAUCUCGAUGAGAAGGGUCGCUCCGCUUUGCACCGAGCGGCCCUCAAGCGCGAUGCGGCCGAAGUGCAGCGCCUCCUCGAAGCUGGAGAAGACAUGGAACUGGAGGACGAGGAAGGCUAUCGACCCCUCCACCUCGCGGGCAACGCGGAGGUGGUCGACCUUCUUUUGGCCUCAAAGGCCUCGCUGGAAGCAGAGAACCGUGUCGGUGUAAAACCGGUCCACUACGCGGCCAGAUCAGGCCACCUGGGUGUGCUGGACCGCCUGCUGCAGGCGAAUGCCGAUGUGAAUGACCGAACUAGCUACGGCGUGAGACCUCUCCAUGUCGCGGCCGGGAAGGGGCACCUCUCCGUGGUGGACCGGCUCUUAGAGGCUAAGGCCGAGGUGGAGGCGGAAAACAAACACGGUGAGAGGCCUCUUCAUCGGGCUGCCGAGAAUCACCAGUCCCACGUGGUGAAGCGGCUCCUUUCGGCCCGGGCGGAUCUGGAGGCCCAGACGAACGCUGGUGAGAGGCCUCUUCAUUGGGCGGCCCGCAACGGCCAUUCCGACGUGGUGGAGCGGCUCCUGGCGGCCCGGGCGGAUCCGGAGGCCCAGAACAACGAUGGUGCUACACCGUGGGACGAUGCCAAGAAGCGCGGCCAUCAGAACGUGAUGGGCUUGCUGCGUCCAGUUAAUAUCCGGCUGAUGAGCGGAAACAUCCUUUGUUUUUGCGACCCUCGGCCAGAUCGCUCCGUGAAGGAUCUGCGCGAAGAGGUGCAGCAAAAGCUGGAGCUUGAAGAUGCCACACAAGUAGAUUUGAUCGCGAAGUCUGGCGAGAAGCUGCGAGAUGAAGACACCCUAGGUGGAGCCGGUGUUGAUUAUGGCACUUCACUCAGUGCAAUAGUCGUGCCUCCAGAGAUCCUUCACUUUCCAUGCGGCGCGUCCUUUCUGAUCCCAUCCUCCGUGGCCAAACAAGGGUUGCAUCCCACCGCAGACUUUGUCACAGACCUGACAUCCAUCGAUGUCGAGUCACUUGAGAGGCAGCUGGAGCCCAAGGAGUCCUUCUUUCAUCCCAUCUUCCAGCUCUCACCGGAAGAUACCACUUUCGUAGACCCCAUCUGGGUCAUCCUGCCAGCUUGUGUUGGAGCAAGCAAGGUGUGGGUCUCCACGCACACCGGUUGGAAGGACGUCACUAAUGCUGCUUCUUUCGGUGAAGGCUAUGCCAAGGUGCAACUGACACACUUCUGUCACGUGGUAACGACCGGUGUCCCAUCCUGCAUCAAAGCCAUGGGCUUCCUCAAUCAUGGACCUGUUUCUAAAGGCAAAGUCUCGUUCGUGCACAUCGGAUGCACCUUUUGUAUGGAAGCUCUGGAGACACAGUACAUGAAUGACCACGACUACCUCUUGGGAUAUUCCAGAUGUGACAAUGUUGCCCAUUUGGGCACUCGCCCUGACAGUGAGGAGGUGGAGGUUUCUCAAGAUGGUGUCACCCGGACCAUCAGCUUGAACUCGAGUGCCUUCCCCAUUCUUUCAAACGAAUGGUCUGCGGAAGCCAGUAGCUUCACUGUAAAGAUCGACAACCGAGACAUCACCUUCGAUCACCUAGGCGCCUUGUCCAGUGCCCAAGCAACCUCUCCAGCUCCCUCCAGCCACGCUGCAUAUCCCACCAGCAACCCUUCUGGGUCCUCUCCGUCUCAACCAGACGCUUCCACAUCUGCAGCACUUCCAGUCGUCCCACCCUCAGCUCCGCGUCCAGCGUACACCCGGAGGGCCAGGGAUUCAGCCGUUCCUCCAGCGGCUCAGCUCAUGAUGCAAGAUCGCUCCAGAUCGCCUUCCACGCAGGCUCCGCAGGUCAGCAGCUCAACCAGUGGACCUGGCACCAUCUCCACGGCCGGAAGGUGGAGGAACAGGGCUCCGAACAGUCAGGCUGGAAGCGCGCCCUCGUCGCCCUCAUCGCCCGCACCUUCUCUUUCACCACCGGUGCAAGUGAGACCAGAGCCGGGAGCGCGGGUCGCGAUGUUCUCGGCUCGUUUUGAUGGCGGCGCCACUGAACAGCGGUUUCGCCGUAUCCACGAGAUCUUAGCCCAAAGUGGCUACGAUAUUCUGAUGGUGGGCGUUCACCCAGGUGAAACCUUUGGUGUUCCCACCACGCGCUAUCUCGGCCGCAUCAAGCGGGAACGGGGCAUCCUGCUGUGUGUUUGCACCGAACAUUACGGCGAGAUGACGUCCUCGGACUUCUCGAGCUUCGAGGAGUUGAAAUUCGCGAAGGUCUAUGAAUCCUUCAUCACCAUCAUUCCCUUGAGGAUCGGGGACUACCCUCCGAGACCUCCAAUCAGAGGGCCAAAUUGGCCCACUCAUCCGGAUGUGCAUGGUGAUGCUCAGAGCUAUGUAGACUGGAUCUUCAACCCAGCUCGGCUCUACUUAGAUUGCCAGGAUCAAUCUGGUCAGGAUAAAUCGGAUAUUGAGGUUGCCUCGGCGAUCGCAGACUGCUUGCACCGCUGACAUCUACCAGAUGUAUGAUGCAUGCAUACGCUAGGCUUAGGCUUUUAGAGCCACACAGUGGCGCUGGAUACCCUUGAACACAAUGACGAAGUUCUAUGGCUUCGGAUAUGGUGGCAGCUCGAUAGAAAUACACUGCACAUCAUUUGCUGCCUCAAAACGGUAACGUGUCACGCAAAUGGAUUUGUGAUACUUUAAAGUGAAGACGAUGUCAACUGACUGCCAUACUGCAUGAGAGGUACGGACUGGAGAGAAAGGGUCACUUUAGCCUAUGGUGUGUGGGAACACUGGGCUAGUUUCCAGUGUGGUCAGAGCAAAUCUCCAGCAAGC